GUUUCUCGGGAGCAGGCGAUUGUACUUCCGAGUCACCAAGAUGGCUGUGCCCGAUGCAAUGUGACACUAACACAGACUAGCAAAGCGUCGGCAUGUUUAAACUGCACACACGUUUUACUCAAAUCAAAGUCUGUCACAGAGCUGACCCGGGUGGUAUAUUCGGACGUUUUAAACUUUAACUUAUCAAAGGACACCAUGGUUCACCUGUCCUCUUUGCUGCUGAAGCAUUACCACGGGGGCCACGUCGUCAUCCGGCUGGCCCUCGGCGGCUGCACCAACCGGCCCUUCUACCGCAUCGUGGCGGCUUACAACAAGCGAGCCAGAGACAGCAAGCACAUCGAGCAGCUGGGCUCCUUCGACCCGCUGCCCAACAUCUACAACGAGAAGCUGGUCAGCCUCAACUUCGAGAGGAUCAAGUACUGGAUUGCCUGCGGGGCGCAUCCCACCAAACCCGUAGCAAGACUUUUAGGCCUGUCGGGGUUCUUCCCCCUGCACCCCAUGACCGUGACCAAGGCGGAGCGAUUGCGGAAAACAGCGGGGCAGAAAGAGGCCCUCGGAGCUCCCGGAGAAGUGAGCGAGGAGGCCAGCGAGAGCAAACCAGAGACAGCUUAGACCUGGACUGCAGAACCAAGAUGCUUAACAUUGAGAACCUCACUCGAACCCGAGUGUGUGUGUGGAGGAGGAUUGUGAGACUGGGUCCCCAGUACAGGAGAGAAAGUGCUGCCUCAGGGAUGGAAAUUAGAAUCCUAUUGCAGAGCAGUUUCACCCAUUCCAGGUUUUAAGGCGUGCCAGAUUAGCCGCAGUGUGUAUGUAACCAGCACAGGUGUGUCUUAUUAAACUUGUAGCAACACCAGGAAUGGAUCAAACUGCUAUGCAACGGGAGUCCGGAAACUGCACAAGUGGAGCAGGACCGAUUUAACACUGUUGCAUGAUGUGCCUAAAUGAAAUGUGUUCAAGUCCCAAUAAAUUCCACGUCCUGAUCCCUAUGUGACUGUCCCAGUACACCAGAUACAUAACCCAAACGGAUCCCUCUGUUUGAUUGAUAGGAUUGCACCUGUAAUGUGCUUCUGGACAGCGCUGAUGGCAGUGGGGUAAAGAAUUUGAGACGCACCCAAUAAAUGAUUCCAUUCAA